AAUCUUUAAAAUUUUGCAACUGUCUGGGUAGUUGACCAAAAAGUAGUGUUGCCAGAUCAAUUAUUCCAAUGCGGCUUGUUUACAUUUGUGAAAUCUCUGAAAAUAACAAAAAUAUUUCAAUUAGUGUUUAAUUAUAAUAUAAAACAUGGCUGCCUCUCGUUCCCGCCGCCACAAUGCUGGCAAUAAGAUAGCAAAACUACUGGACGAGGAAGAGGAGGACGAUUUCUACAAAACCUCAUAUGGCGGGUUUCAGGACGAAGAGGAAGACAAGGAAUACGAACAAAAAGACGAGGAGGAGGAUGUGGUGGAUUCAGACUUCAGUAUCGACGAGCAGGAUGAACCCGUUUCCGACCAGGAGGAGGCUCCCGAAAAGAAGAGAAAACGCGGCGGCGUCAACACAAAAGCCUACAAGGAAACCAAGCCAAUGGCCAAGAAGGAAACAAAGCCUGUGCCAGCUCUUCAUAAAAAGCGUGCCGGUGGGGGUGUCGUCAAGAGACGGGUACUUCCUCGUUUCACUGUCCUGGACUCUGGUCGAAAAUCCAUUCGGACGUCGACAGCUAUCAAGACACAGGCCACGAAAAUCCGCCUGAAGGAGAUGGACGAUGCGCGGAAGCGAAAAAAGAAGAAGGUGCGAGUCGAGGACUACAUGCCCACUCAGGAGGAGCUGUUGGAGGAGGCCAAAAUCACAGAGGAAGAGAACAUCAAGUCACUAGAAAAAUUCCAGAAAAUGGAAUUAGAAAAGAAGAAAACUCGUCCCACCAAACGGACUUUUACGGGACCAACAAUACGAUACCAUUCACUCACCAUGCCAGUCCUACGGAAACCAACGCGUGGCGCCGUACUAAGCGACACAAAGGAUGUUAAGGAAACCACCGCCAAGUGCGAGAGGACUUUCGUUACCGUCGAUAAUGAUUUCAACGACAAGGUCUUCCAGAGUAUAUUCCGGCCCAAAAUAUUACCAAAAGCCAGCAAUGGUAUUUGUCCAAUCACUAGACUGCCAGCCCGCUACUUCGAUCCUGUAACGCAACAGCCGUAUUACAGUAUUCAGGCCUUCAAAAUCCUCCGUGAAGCUUACUACAUGCAGCUAGAGCAGCAGGGUAAUGGCAGCGAUCAACCGGAGUUGGCCAAGUGGUUGGAGUGGCGCAAAAUGGUCAAAGAGAAUCGUAUCAAGGCGGCAACAGCUGCCACCAAAACCGGGGAUAACUAAUAAAGUAACAAAAAAUUCUAAAAAUAAUUAUAUUUUUCAGUCGAAUAAAAAUACUGGAUUUCGAAAA